UGCCUUCUCGGCCGAUUUGCAGCAGUCUCUCUCACGAACAGUCAGUCCAACCGCACGCCAGCAAGAGCCGUCCCUCGCGAGGCGGGAGUAUCCCCGCCAAAUCAUGAACAAGGUGGACGAUCGAGUCAGGUCUCCGGGAACAUCACGAUGCCUGACCGCUACUACCAUGUCGCUCUCCAUCUCGCCCUCUAGCCCCGAAGAACCUGUUACGCUGGUGGAACUGACCAGCGUGCCGGGCGGACAGAAUGCGAUGGCUCAUCUCAAAAAGCGGAAGCUGGAAGCAGAGUCGGUUGCGCAGAAUCCUAAGCAAACGCAGCAGCAACAGUCGCAACAACAGUCGCAACAGCAGCAAUUGUUGACCAACAAGAAGGGCCUGCAGACGAACGCGCCGCAAGAGAUGGAGUCGUCUGACGCGGCCGCGAAGCGAAGGAGGAAAAGCAUUCGCGACGACGACGCGCGAAAAACGAUCGACGUGAUCGAUCCGAACAAGAACAUACCGUUGCCGCAGAAGAAGCGUGCGUUCGCGUCCGGCAACUCCGGCAGCCCCGCCAGAAAGUCGAGCAAGCACAGCGAGGAGCCCGAGGACGACGAGACCCUCAUAAGGGAAACGGAGGCAGCCUUGAAGAGCUUGUCCGGCAGCUGGCCUGGCCCCAGAGGUUCCUUAUAUCAGAGAGGCAAUUCGGACGAGGACAGAUACGAGUCGAAUUUUGAGAAUCUCUUCGAAGAGAAGAAGGAGAAUCCCAAGUUGUCCCCCUCGUCGGUGUCGACGUCCUCGAGUACGAGCAACGACACCGGCUGCUCUUUGAAAGACGUCAUCACUCUCCGCGGCCAGCAAGAUCGGUCGAAUAAGAUGCAGCUGCAAAGUAAGCAGCAGGACUUGAAGCUGCAGCACCCGCUCAAGACCAAGAAGGACCUGGACAAUCUGCUGAAGAUAGAGAACGAGUGCGCGAACCUUCAGUCCCACGUGAGCAACGUUAAUCAAAACGAACCGCCGAAAAUACGGCCGAUCUCCGUUCGCUCGUUGUCGAACAAAGAGAGGAACGACAGGAGCAUGGUAGGUGCACAUAUCGACUCUCAGGGUAGACAAACCGACAAGUACUCCAGAUACGAUCCGCCGGAUUUCAACGAGCUAGUGGACGAUUCGUCCAACGAGCUGGAAAUCGACAUGUCGGACCCGACCGCCGACAAGGACGAGGGCGACCGCGACAGGCUGAGCGACAGAGAUCGUGACCGAACGUGCAAGAACGGUCAGUCACCGCCAAACAUCAGCAGGCAGCAGCAUCAGCAGCAGCAGCAGCAGCAGCAACAGCAGCAGCAACAACAGCAGCAGCAGCAGCACCAUCAGCAGCAGCAGCAGCAGCAGCACCAGCAGCACCAGCCGCUCUACCCCAACUAUCAGAGACAAUACAACGACAGCAGCGUGAAAGUCUCGCCUACGGGGACUUCGUCGUCCUCGUCACCGCCAGCGAGCUCCCCCUUCUCGGCAACGUCAGCCUUCAGGCCGCCCAACACCGACCACACGAAGGCACCGUGUCGCAGCGCCUCUUCAGUGCCAGUAGCCUCUACGACGAUCCCUCCGAUCGGUCCGUACCCGGCUUCCGCCACGUUCGUCGGCUACCCGACACCCGGGCCGACGAUGCCGACGCCGCAACCUGUGGCCGGUAUCUCGCCCACGUCGGAGGACAAACACUCGUCCACGGUGUCGUUGCUGCAGCUCAAGUCCUCGAAGGAGGAGAGUCAUCAUGUGGCGAGUCAUGACGUGACUCCGAACUCUGUAUCGCCCAGCAAGAGUCCGAACGGCGGCCUACCCUCCGUCACCAGCCCCGACUCCUCCAAGCAGUACACGAUCCUCCAGCCCGCGGGGGUCGGCUCCAGAGCGGCCAGUGCGAUCCAAGAUAUCGCGAGGGAAGGGGUGGUCAGUGUCGCCGCUGUGAGCAGCUGCAGCACCGCGAGCAACGGCAGUGCGGGCAACAUCAACAACGCGAGCGCGAGCAGCAACGGCGGAGUCGGCGUUGGCAAGGCCAGCAACGGCAACGGUGCUAACGGUGCUAAUAACGGCGGUAGUGGCGCGAAUCCUGCCGGGAAUCCUAGCGCAAACAGUAUCGCCAGUAUAACCAUCACGACGGUGUCGACAACCACCACCACGUCCAGUCCGACCGUCGCCGCAGACGUGCCUUCCGCGAGCGGCCAGCCGGACAGCGUGAUGAAAAUGCCAGAGAGACCCGGCGCCUUCGACAGUGGCCGACCGGGAAUGUCCAUGUCUCCGUCCAGUCUCGGCAGAGAGGGCAACAAGUGCCCGACCCCAGGCUGCACGGGGCAGGGUCACGUGACCGGACUCUACUCUCACCAUCGCAGUCUUUCCGGAUGCCCACAAAAGGAUAAACUGACGCCAGAGAUUCUGGCGAUGCAUGAGACUAUAUUGAAAUGCCCGACGCCUGGUUGCAACGGUCGCGGCCAUGUCAGCUCCAAUCGGAACACGCACAGGAGCCUGUCCGGAUGUCCCAUCGCCGCGGCCAAUAAGCAGGCCGCACGCGACGCACGACACAAGGCUCAAGUGCCGGGAAUACCGCCGGAGUACAUCAGCACGAAUCUCCUACCGCCAUCGAUGGACACGAAGAGCUAUUCGCAGUACGGCUCGACGACGCAGGACACGAAGCCGGUGCUGAGCAGCUUGACCUACGACUACUACUCGACGACGAAGAACACCGGGCUCAGCGUGAAGCCGGCGAAGACGCCGGAGGAGAACAGCACGACGCGACCCACCAAGGUGCCCAAAACGGAGAACAUGACUCUCAGCAGCAGUUGCUGCAACAGCCUGUCCACGAGGAACCAGAACACGGGCGAGCUGCUGGUCCCGAAGACGGAGGACACCGCGUCCUGCCGCGUCAACUCGCCGCCACCUCCGCCGCCGCCCGCGGUGCGGCAGACGUACGAUUCCUACAUGAGCCAAGACUCCAACUCCUCGUCCAUGUCGUCCAUGGACGCGAUGGGCUCGAGACAGUCCAUAGGCGCGACGAUCCACCAUCCCAGUCAGCAUCCGACACACCAUGUCCUCCCGAUGCAACCGGUCGCCUAUCCGAUGCCGAUGGUGGAGGACACCAGGAUGAGUCAUCAAAUGUCGCAACGAUCACCGUACGAGCCGACCGCGAUGAUGGCCGCGGCGGCCGCCGCGGCUGCAGCUGCGACCACCACGGAGGACCUCUACCACCACAGAUCGACCGAACACGCGAGAGCAUACAUGCACCCAGGCGCGAGCAACAUCGCGCGACCAGUAGUCACGUAUUCCAAUGACAUAACUGCCGGCAGAGGCUAUGAGAACGCGGUGGUGAGCGCGGCUAAUCAUCGACCUUAUGACCCUGGUACCACCGCGACCUACGAGAGAUACGACGCGCAGUCGUGCGUGCCCAUCCCGUCGCAGCAACAGCAGCAGCAACAGCAACAGCAGCAGCAACAGCAACAGCAACAGCAGCAGCAGCAGCAGCAGCAACAGCAACAGCAGCAGCAACAGCUGCACUCGAGGGCGAAUAUGUAUUACCUGGGCCAGACCGGUAUGACGCCGGAGGAGCAAGAGCGAGUUUACCACCAAGAGGCAGCGGCGGCCGCGCAACAGCAUCAAAUGGCGAUGGCCGCCGCUACCGCGGCCGGAAUGAUGAAGACCGAAGAUGGUAACUUGUUCGAAAUCAUCCCCCCGGGUGCUCAAGAUUCGGCCGUGACUAAACGUUGCGUCUCUGUGGAUGUUGCAGUGAAGUGUGUUACGGUCGCGCAGGUGCAGCAGAUGCAGAAGCCCGGUGGACCGCCCACCUCGCCUGGGGGAUCGGUGAUGGACUUAUCUACCUCCAGUGUUACCUCCACCAGUCCACAGGCACCACCCUACGGCUCGAACAGCCUCAGCCCGCAGUAUGGAGGAGGACAAACGGUGGGAAGCAGCCCUCAAGCCGCAGCGAGUCCCCACUUGACGGCUAGUCCUCAAGUCCCUAGUCCUCAGGGCCAGACUCUGGACCUCAGCGUCAACAGACUUCACAGCUUCCAGAUAGACACAUAUUGCCUCUAUUGCAGUGGUGCGCCCAGCCCGCAGUAUUCCACCGGCCACGGUGAAGCCGUGGCGGUUCCGGUGGGUCCAGGUUUCCCAGCGCCACGACCGAUCGAGGAGCAGACCGAGCCGGUUGAUUUCUCAACGGCGAACGAGCCAGUCAAUUUCAGCGGAGGCCCGGGGAUCAGGCCUGUUCCCGGGUUUCCGCCGCCCGGGGUGCACGUGACGGCGUAUAGUCGCGAGAGCACACCCGACAGCGGGGGUUCCCACUACAUGGACGCCUACCGAGAGCCCACUAAUUACGGGCCGAUGAGUCCUCACCCAGGAUACGGGAUGACCGGCGUUCAACCCGAGUAUCCCGGAAACACGUACACCGCUUACCCCACUGCAGGUUACAACUGUGGCGGAACUUACCCGGGUGGCCCGGUGACUUCCGGUUAUCAGAUUCCAGCGGGUUACACCCCGGCACCGUGCUACAGCAUGCCGCCCCCGCAACACACGGUUGGAGCCCUCGAUAAACCGUCCGGCAAGGACGACAGUCUGUCCGGAUGCCCGCGAGCCGACCGCUCGCAGAUCCAGGCGCAUUCCCAGGAGCUCAAGUGCCCCACGCCGGGAUGCGACGGUUCUGGACACGUCACGGGAAAUUACUCGUCGCACAGGAGUUUGUCCGGUUGCCCGCGAGCCAACAAGCCGAAGAGUAAACCCCGCGAUGGUCAAGAUUCUGAGCCCUUGAGAUGUCCAAUCCCGGGUUGCGACGGGUCCGGCCAUGCCACCGGCAAAUUCCUGUCGCACCGCAGCGCGUCUGGCUGUCCGAUCGCAAACAGGAACAAGAUGCGAGUACUGGAGUCCGGCGGCACGGUCGAGCAGCACAAGGCGGCCGUGGCGGCCGCGACGGCCAUGAAGUUCGAGGGUGUUAAUUGCCCCACGCCCGGAUGCGACGGAAUCGGCCACAUAAACGGCUCUUUCUCGACACACAGAUCCCUGUCGGGCUGCCCGAUAGCCGGCCACGCCGUGAAGAAACCGAAAUUCGAGGAUAAUAUGAGCAUGUACGGCAAAGGAAUCACCGGGGUAGAAGCCGGUGGUCCGGCUCACGGGGGUGCGGUGGGCACGGGUCAGGGUAACUCGAGCGGUAGCGGGACCGCCGGUGCCCAGAGCGAGGAUCUCUACACACUGGAGGCUGAGAUCACCGAGCUCCAGAGAGAGAACGCCCGGGUCGAGUCGCAGGUCCUACGCCUGCGCUCGGAUAUCACAGCCAUGGAGAAUCAGCUCAAGCAGGGUGAAAAGGAAACGUCAACGAUAGCUCAGCGUAACAACAAUCUGACCGAAUACUACCAGUCGCUGCGCGACAACAUGAUCUCCCUGCUGGAGCAUGUGCGAAUACCGAACGCCCCGGGCGGACCGCAGGAGAAGAUAGGCCACGAGAACUUCGACAGUUACCUGACGAAGCUGCAGACUCUGUGCACCGCCGACAGCUACUGCACCGACGAAAGCAACCGGCCGAUCUACGAGACGGUGAAGACAGCUCUGCAGGACUUCACGGUCCUGCCGACACCCAUCUGAGACCAUCCUUAAGGCUCGACGAUUGGGUACUGAGAGCGUCGCUCGGAGCUCGCGCGAGACCCGCAAGCGACUCGACGACCUCGUGUUCGCGUCGUGGAUCGCGGUCAUAGUUCACCCCCCGCUCACCGAGUGCACCGAGUGAACGAACGGCGCCGAUGAGAGACGUCCCGGCGGCCGAGGAGACGACCAAGGACCGCCGGCGUCGAUCGUCACCGAGCUCCGCGCGGGAUCGGCCUACGACCUUGGGAGAAACCCGACUUCGUGACGCGUGAUUCACCCGGAUGCCGCGGCGGCUCGGCCGUACGACGCGUACGUCAUACGUGGCCCUCGCGUGGAUUUCGGAGUGCGUCUCGCGAGAGACGCGUGUCUCUCGCAAGGUGUACUCGCACGCGAGCUGCGACGGAGGGUGAAAGUGCCGCGUCGUGGCCGGCCGAGAGCACGCCGAAACCGACACACAGGCGCACAGGCCGUUCUGUGUCAGUGAGCGCGCUGUCUAACGGCAUCUAAACCGGAUGACGGCUCCGUGAGCAUCCAUCCGAGCUGCAAGCUUGACGGACUGUUAUUCUACUACACGCGGAGCGACGUUGCUCAUUAGCAAUAUAUCUUUUGUACAUAAUGAAUGAAUCUGCGUCAAGAGUAUCACGAUCGACGGAUCGCGGCGGCUGCGGCUGUCGUCGCCGCCUCGUAAUGUAAAUACACACGUACACACAUACACACGUAUACGGGCUCACAGGGCACACACGUACACACAUGCGUCCACAUACAUACAUAUAUAUACACGCAUACGCACGCACAUACACACGUGGGUGCGACACAUGCAACACACGUAACACACGUAUACAAACACACACCACUCAAUAGAAGGGGAAUGCAUUUAUAUAUUAUUCGACGGGUCGAUGGUUAAUGCUCUAAGUCGUGUAAAGAGGAAAAAAGACAUGAGGAAGGAACAAGAUUGACCUUAGCUGUAUAUCGGAUUCUUGCCGCUGCACUUUACCGCUGUGUAACUGUUAUUACCGUUUUGAGCGAUCGACGCGCGCGCGCGACUUACGAGGAUACCGGCCGGCGUGUCCACCCAAUGACGCUUCUGCUGAACCGAGGGCUACUUAUAAACCAAGUUUAUCGGCUAACCAUUUACCAGCUAGUCACUAUUAUUAUUAUUAUUAUGAUUAUUACUACUACUACUAUUAUUACUACUACUGUAACUGUUACAAACCAGCCGGAUCGUUUUUAGCGACUAAUCCAAUCGUCACAUUAUUGCUACCACUACUCUUACUACUGUCGAUACAGUAUAGUC